AUGGCCGUGUCCUUGUCAACACUGGGUGGGCUUGCUGCAAUAUUGAAGGACCAGCAGAGCUGGACAGGCCCUCAGCAGCUGACCAAGUGCCUGCCACCCCCGCUGUGCCACGCCCAGCACGCACCCCUGCACAGGAGGGACCCUCAGAGUGAGGAACCCUUCGUGUCAGGCAGCUGUGGGAUAGCGCCCUCGGGCUGGCAAUCAGCAGGACCUGAAGCCCCAGAAGAACCAUGUCUCCUCGAUCCCACCUCCUCCGUUGGCCUUGAGUGCCAGACCAGGAGUCCCCAGCGUGGGCAGGAGCCGUCUCUGACCCGGUUCCUUGGGGAUGUCGGGCCCCGAGAGCCAGAGUCAGCCCGGCGGUGUCUGCUCAGCACCGCUCCUUCUCAGCCCCCUGCAGUGUGCUUCCUGACUGUGAACCCCCUUCAGCAGGCACCCUUCACCCAUGACACGGCGGUCACCCUCCGGGGGGAGCCCGGGGCUGGGCACUCAGAGACCAAGGCUCAGUCCCAGCUCUGCCAUCAGCGCUGCAUGCCUUUGGGUGGCCUUGCUGGGGGGCUCAGUGGCACCAGCAUGCAGGUGGGCACUGCCUUUACACCUGUGUGCAAGUUCCCAUGCGAGCGGGUCGGAGACGAAGCACGUUACCUGCUCCAGAACAUCCUCAUGCUCCUUGGUAAGAACAGAAAUUCACUGUCUCACAGCCCUGCUGGUGGGGAGUCCGAGAUCAGGGUGUCGGCCGUGUUGGCUCCUUCUGAGGCUCUGAGCGAGACGCUGUCCCUGCCUCUCUCCCGGCUUCUGGUGGAUCCCGGCGUUCCUGGGCUGCGGCUGCAGCGUCACAUGGCGUCCUUCCUGUGUCCCCGUCUCUGUGUCUCUUCUCGGCUUUAUAAGGACACCACUCGGAUGGGAUUAGAUGAGGACUGUGGGCCUCCGAGGUCAUCAGAUUUCGGGACAUCCUACACCAAGCUCACGCUGCAGCCCGGCGUCACCACCGUCAUCGACAACUUCUACAUCUGCCCCACCAACAAGAGGAAGAUCAUCCUGGUGAGCUCGUCGUUCGGCGACCGGGACCAGAGCCUCUUCCUGAGCACCGACGAGGGAGCCACUUUCCAGAAGCAGCUCACCUCCUUCCUUGUGGAGACCCUGACGUUCCACCCCAAGGAGGAGGACAAGGUGCUCGCCUACACCAAGGAGAGCAAGCUCUACGUGUCGUCUGACUUGGGGAAGCAGUGGACGCUUCUGCAGGAGCGCGUGACCAAGGACCACAUGUUCUGGGCUGUGGCUGGAGUGGACAGCGACGCCAACCUCGUCCACGUGGAAGCCCAGGAUCCUGGUGGAGGUUUCCGCUAUGUCACCUGCCGGAUCCACAACUGCUCCGAGAAGACGCUAAGGGCGCCGUUCGCGGGCCCCAUCGACCAGGGUUCCCUGACAGUGCGGGACGAGUACGUCUUCCUUAAGGCAACCUCAACAAACCGGACCAAGUACUACGUCUCUUAUCGUCGCAAUGAAUUUGUCCUGAUGAAGCUGCCAAAGUACGCAUUGCCCAAGGACCUGCAGAUCGUCAGCACGGAUGAGAGCCAGGUGUUCAUGGCGGUGCAGGAGUGGCACCAGGUGGACACGUACAACCUGUACCAGUCAGACCCGAGAGGGGAGCUCUACUCGCUGGUGCUGGAGCACGUGCGCAGCUCGCGGCAGGCGGAGGAGAGUGUGCUGAUUGACAUCCUCGAGGUCAGAGGGGUGAAAGGCGUCUUCCUGGCAAACCAGAAGAUCGAUGGGAAGGUAAUGACACUUAUCACCUACAACAAGGGCCGAGACUGGGCUUACCUGAGGCCCCCCAGCACGGACAUGAAGGGGAAACCCACCAACUGCAAGCCGCCGGACUGCCACCUCCACCUGCACCUGCGCUGGGCGGACAGCCCCUACGUGUCAGGCGCCGUGCACACCCAGGACACCGCCCCAGGCCUCAUCAUGGGUGCGGGUAACCUGGGCUCCCAGCUGGUGGAGUAUAAAGAAGAAAUGUAUAUCACUUCCGACUGCGGGCGCACCUGGCGGCAGGUGUUUGAGGAGGAGCACCACAUCUUGUACCUGGACCAUGGCAGCGUCAUUGUGGCCAUCAAGGACACCUCCAUCCCCCUGAAGGUCCUCAAGUUCAGUGUGGACGAGGGCCUCACAUGGAGCACGCACAACUUCACCAGCACCUCAGUGUUCGUGGACGGGCUGCUGAGCGAGCCGGGGGAUGAGACACUGGUUAUGACGGUCUUCGGUCACAUAAGCUUCCGCUCAGACUGGGAGCUGGUCAAGGUGGACUUCCGGCCCUUGUUCCCCCGGCCAUGCAGCAAAGACGACUACGGCUCCUGGGAGCUCGCGGACCUGCAGGGUGACCGCUGCAUCAUGGGCCAGCAGAGAAGUUUCCGGAAGAGAAAGCCCACAUCCUGGUGCAUCAAGGGGAGGAGCUUCACGUCGGCGCUCACAUCCCAUGUGUGUGAGUGCAGGGACUCAGACUUCCUCUGCGACUACGGGUUUGAGCGCACCCUGUCCACAGAGUCCAACACCAGCAAGUGCUUGGCCAACUUCUGGUUCAACCCAGUGUCCCCUCCGGAUGACUGUGCCCUGGGCCAGACCUACAGUGGCAGCCCCGGGUACCGGAAGGUGGUGUCCAACAUGUGCGAGGGCGGCGUGAACCUGCAGCGCGGUGCGGCGCUGCUCCAGUGCCCCCUGAUGCCGCCCCGGGGCCUGAGGGUCAGCAUCCGCGGGGAGGCGGUGGCGGUGCGGCCGGGCGAGGACGUCCUGUUUGUGGUGCAGCAGGAGCAGGGCGACGUCCUGACCACCAAGUACCAGGUGGACCUCGGGGACGGCUUCAAGGCCAUGUACGUGAACCUCACGCUGACUGGGGAGCCUGUCCGGCACCGUUACGAGAGUCCUGGCAUCUACCGGGUGUCUGUCCAGGCAGAGAACAUGGCAGGGCAGGAUGAGGCCGUGCUCUUUGUCCAGGUUAACUCCCCCCUGCAGGCCCUCUACCUAGAAGUGGUUCCUGUCAUUGGUGUCAACCAGGAAGUGAACCUCACGGCUGUGCUGCUGCCCCUGAACCCGAACCUCACCGUCUUCUACUGGUGGAUCGGCCACAGCCUGCAGCCACUGCUGUCCCUGGAGAACUCGGUGACCACCCGGUUUGCAGACCAAGGGGAUGUGCGCGUGACAGUACAGGCCGCCUGCGGGAGCUCGGUGCUGCAGGACUCCAGGGUGAUCCGUGUGCUGGAUCGGUUUCAGGUCGUACCUCUGCAGUUUUCCAAGGACCUGGACGCCUACAACCCCAACGUCCCAGAGUGGAGGGAGGACGUCGGCCUGGAGGUCACCCGGCUCCUCUCUAAGGAGACCAGCAUCCCUGAGGAGCUGCUGGUCACUGUGGUGAAGCCAGGGUUGCCCACCGUGGCCGACCUGUACGUGCUCCUGCCCCCUCGCCGGCCCACCAGGAAGAGGAGCCUCAUGACUGACAAGAGAAUCAUCGCCAUCCAGCAGGUGCUGAAGGGGCAGAGGAUCAGCUUCAUCCUGCGUGGCGGGGUCCGUGUCCUGGUGGCCCUGAGGGACGUGGACACAGGCUCCCAGCGGCUGGGCAGUGGCGGUGGCUACUGGGCCGUGGUGGUCCUCUUUGUCGUGGGGCUGUUCGCCGUGGGAGCGUUCAUCCUCUACAAGUUCAAAAGGAAACGCCCCGGGAGGACAGUGUAUGCCCAGAUGUACAACGAGAAGGAGCAGGAGAUGACAAGCCCUGGGAGCCACAGCGAGGACGUCCAGAGCGCCAUCCAGGGCAACCACUCGGGCGUGGUCCUCAGCAUCAACUCCCGAGAGAUGCACAGCUACCUGGUGAGCUGA